GAAGAAAAGGUCAUUAGUUGGAGGCAGCACAGUUGCAACUACAAAAUCCAAGUAAGCAUUUGUUUUCCCCCCCUAAAACUGCAAACCAGCCAAAUAUCUUCCAAAUUCUUCUUCUGAGAUUGGGAGCAAAGGUUUGAGCAUGUUCUUGCCAGGCUAAGAGACAUUUUCGUGGACAGCGCUGCCUUGGGAAACCAGUGAGCCCCAAGUUUUUCAAAAGCCAUCUUUCAGUUUACUGUCAAACUAAACAGAAAUGUCAUUGUGGCACAUUUUGCUUUCCAUGUUUUUAUGGCUUCUCGAUUCAAAAGACACCCGUUGAUUAAGAGGUGAGGAUUUCCCCUCAUCAUCAAACGUGAGCUCAUGGACGGAAAAGCAAUGAUGUCAUGACAUCACCUCAAAGCCCCCCGUCCCCCGCCCUCUGACAUUGCUCUGAUAUUACCGCUCAAAGCCCAAAGGGUGAGGCGGCAUUUGUUGCGAUCAGCGCAAGGCACUAAGCACCGAUGCAUGGGAUCGGUUUACUCCUGUCUUGGAAACAGUCGGGUGAAAUGCUUGUUCUGCUCUGCUUCCAGAGAUGUUUCUCUUGCAGAUUUCCCUGGCCACUUCUCCACAUUGAGUAUGGAUAAGAACAGAGGUUUCAGCGAGGAAUACGAGGGCCUCGCUGUUGUCGGCAUCGGGCACACUCAGAAUGCCGCUCUGGUGCCUGAAAACAUGGAGAAAAAUCGCUUCACCAACGUCCUGCCGUAUGACUGGAGCCGAGUCAAGCUCCAGACUACAAACGGGAACUCGGACUACAUCAACGCCUCUUACAUGCCGGGUUACAGCAAGAGCCGAGAGUACAUCGCCGCUCAGGGUCCUCUGCCCUCCACGGUCAGCGACUUCUGGAGAAUGAUCUGGGAGCUGAGAGUCACCGCCAUUGUGAUGGUAACCAACUGCACCGAAGGAAGAUGGACUAAAUGCGAACAUUACUGGCCCGCGCAGGGAGAGACUUGUCUCCAGAGAGGGCUGACCAUCACCACCGCCUCGGAACAGCAACACACCGACUGGACGUUAAGGGAAUUCCGAGUCAAACAUAAAGACGGCACCGGCGAGAGGACGGUGAAACAUUUCCACUUCACUGCCUGGCCCGACCACGGAGUCCCUCAGUGUACGGACGUCCUGAUCCGGUUCAGGGGGCUCGUUCGGCAGCACAUAGAAGCCAACAGGACCAGAGCUCCGACUGUGGUUCACUGCAGCGCAGGCGUUGGCAGGACUGGCACCAUUAUUGCCUUGGAUGUUCUGCUUCAGCAGCUGUACAGAGACAAGGAAGUUGGCAUCAACGCCUUCGUACACAACAUGAGACUGCGGCGGCCGCACAUGGUGCAGACCGAGGUAAGGACGGUGGACGGUCCUCGGCCGCAGCUUUCCCAAACUUCAUGUUCAACCAAUCCAUGGUGCAAAAAUGUGGGCGACCGCUUGUUUCCAGUGGAUUCUCAGUCUCCUCUCUUUGCAGUCCCAGUAUGUUUUCCUGCACCGGUGCAUCAUGGACUGUCUGCAGUCUCGAGGGGAGAGCGAUGAAAACAUUUCCCAGAACCUGGAUGUCAUUUAUGCCAACGCGACGGCGCUGCGAGAGUUUCACAAAACGGCAAUCUGAAACAGGAUGGCACUUGGUUGUGAAAUGACACACCAAAGAACGUUUCCAAAUCUUCUAUUGACAAUGACAUGAGCUUUGGAAACAUUUUUCCACUUGGGGA